UGCUCAUGCAAUUUACCAGUAAGCUCGUGGAUUGGAUAUGCUUACGAUACGUGUUUUAGUCAAGAUAAGAAUUGAUUUGAAUGAUAAAUAAUCGUAAUCGCCUAGCAGUGUAAGCAUCCGCAUGACUUUGCCUAUAAAAGCGAGCAACUGCAGGUGCUUGUUCAUUACUCGCUGAAAGAUGUUUUUGACAUAUACAAACAUAUUAUUUAACAUUUUUGUUCUUGUUGCGACGUUUCGUGUGGACCCUCCAGUACAUCGGCAUAAUGGUUUCUACAAAGCCGCUGUUUACGAACAUCCUGUGGAACUUCCAGCCAAGAUAGCAGAAACGUACGACGAGGCUGUUGGACAGAUGUUACUAAAUUUGAACGAAUAUAAAAAACAAGCAGACAUCGCUGGAAGUCAGGGUGUUGACAUUAUCGUUUUCCCGGAAGUCGGAAUUUAUGGCUUUCAGUUCGACAAUUCUUCUGAAAUAGAGAACUAUCUUGAAUACAUUCCAAACCCUGCUGAAAUCAGUUGGACGCCCUGUCGCGAACCUGACAGAUUCAACAGAACAAAAGUGCAGACAUUUCUUAGUUGUCUCGCUAUGAACAAUUCGUUAUUCCUGGUAGCCAACUAUGGUGAUAUGCAGCCGUGUCCCCUUGUAGACCCAAAUUGCCCAAACAGCGGUCACUAUCAGUACAACACAAAUAUCAUAUUUAACAGGAAAGGCGAGCUGAUCGCUCGAUAUCAUAAACAGAACUUAUUCUUUGAGACUCAGUUUCAACAACCUAUCAACCCAGAAAAAAUCUUCUUUGACACUGACUUUGGCAGAUUCGGCACGUUUACGUGUUUCGAUAUCUUGUUUCAUGACCCGGCUAUUCCGCUGGUAGAGAAAUUUAACAUAACUGAUGUUGUUUUCCCUACUGCCUGGAUGGAUGCCUUGCCCUUUUUCUCGGCCAUAGGCUUUCACUCAUCCUUUGCUGUAGCUUACAAUGUGAAUUUUCUCGCGGCUAACCUACACUUACCCUCACAACGCUUUCAGGGGAGUGGAAUAUACACACCAGAUGGCGCUGAAGCAUACUACUAUGACAGGAAUGCACAAGAUGGAAAACUUCUCAUACACGAUGUCCCUAUCAUUAGCCGCACUGAAAAGAAGUUACAAAACGUCGUUUUUGCGUUUGGCCCUACUGAACUUCAGUAUCUAAAGAAUCAUGAAUUCAAAGCUACAGUAUUUAAAGAUUGGUACAAUUGUGUACGUCUUGGCUCAAGAAAAGACAAAAUAACCUUGUGUCAGGAAGGCUUCUGUUGCUUUCUUUCUUAUGAAAGAGAUCAAAUUGUUGGCAAUUACGCAUUUGGUGUUUUUAAUGGAAUACAUCCACGUAACGGCCCGUACUACCUACAAGUUUGUAUUCUAUUGAAAUGUAAAUCUGAAGAUAAUGAAAGUUGUGGCCGACUGACGUUCACUGCGGACGGGAACUUUAAGUAUUUCAACAUCAGAGGCAACUUUUCAACACCUUAUGUUACACCUCAGGUCAUAAGAAGUGACAACGGACGUCUAGAACUGCUACCACUUCACUCUAUGACGUAUGAUAAGACUGGCUUAACUGGAAGUGCAAGAUCCACGCCUCUCUUAGAAACGAGCCUAAUAGGCCGUGUAUAUGUAAGUGACUAAAUACCUUAGCAGGUACAUGAUGCGUGCUACAAUGGAGUAAAUUAUCUCUGAUAGAAUAUCUACUACUUGUAUUAAAACCUUAUUGCAGUUUA